CUCAUAUCAUAUAUAUAUAUUUAAUGGAGCCAUUUUUUAUGAUCAAUCCCCUGAAAUCCUUUUUUAUUCUUCAGUUUUUUUUUUUUUUUUUUUUUGGUCGUUGUGUCUGGAGUUACUUGUCAGCGUUUUUGGAAUAUUUGUGCUCAAUAUUGGAAACCCUGUUCGAAUCUCCCAAGGUUCCACAACUUUUUUUUAACCUGAAGGAUUGAAUCUUAAAUUUCACCUCCUGGAAACAAAGAUGGCGGAAUUUAAAUUCGUGUCGCCUAAAAUAAGUAUUUGGAAUAAUAAUGUUAAUCUGGAAGUUGUCAAGCAUAAUAAAUUUUUGGAUUAUGCGCGAGUUCCUUGCGGAGACUUCAAAUGCUCAGAUGAUCCCAAUGUGGUUUGCAAUAAUGUGACAGGUACUUGUGAAUGUAAACAAGGCUUCACUGGAAAUGGUCGAGUUAUGUGUAUUGAAGACGAAUUUAUGAUAUGCCAUAUGAUGGGUGAUCCACAUAUUGUGGCUUUCAAUAAAGAAAGGACUAGUAUACUGAUGCCAUGCCAAAAUAUCUUGACGAAAGCUGAUAUUGUAAGUCGAGCACAACCAUCAGCUAACUUCCUGUUUAUAAGAAUUACUGCUAUCGUUGCUCCUGCAUUCUUUGCACGAUUCCCAGCUCAAGUAUACAUCACCGGGCUCUACAUAGAAUUGUAUGUACGUAAUGAUCCAGAACAGCUGACCAUGAUCUGUAACGACAAUGGCUGCUAUGACACACAAAGUAAUCAACAAUUUGUAAAUUACUUUGGUCCCUCGGGAAAUCUGAAUUUUACAGUGACCACCAACUCAAACAACCAACAGAUCCUUAAAGUUCCAUUUUAUGAGGUUGAAGUUCGAUUCCGUGGUGAAGAUGGAUCUGUUGCUAUAACAUUUCCUCCAAGUGCCCAAUUUGACGUGGAACCUGCUCUAUGCAACAUACAUACUGAUCCAAUUGAUGUGAAUGAACAAUUUGGCGCAGGAUUGGGAUAUUCAUCUUAUGAUAACUACAUAUUGUUCUUAAAUCAGGCUAACGUUGCACUCCCUAACUUGGAACCAGAUCCAAUUUGCCAAAAAAUCAGAGUCGGCUGUCAACCAAAUACACGAGAAGCCAUUGCUGUAAACGCUUGUAGUGUCUUUUACACAGACAGAGCCUUCAGUGAGUGUUUCUACAACUACAGAAACAAGAACGACACACAAAUAAUGAUGGAUUAUGAAGGAUGCAGAGAAGAAGAAUGUGAUGGAAUUACUACUCCAUCUAUUUGUACUGUGGUUGGGAAUUCCGGUUGCCAACUGAGUCAGCCUUUCGCUACUGGUUCUUGUCCUUAAUAUCUACCACCUUGAGAAAGAAAAAAAUGUGUAAUCCAUUUUGAAAAUAUUUAUCAAUAAAGCAUAUUUUGCAUCAAGAUUGCAAAAAAAAA